CCAAAUGUCAGUUUAUUUCUCUCUACUGUUUGUCUUUAUUCUCCUGUGUCGGUUAUUAAGUUUUUAUUUGACAUAAAUUUUAAAUUUGAUAUUACUGAUUAUAGAGGUAAAACAUCGUUAAUGUACUGUUGUCAAUCAGUUGUAGACCAGGUUGAAAAGGUACAACUCAUUCUGACAAACCAUGCUGAUCUUAAUGCUAAAGAUUAUGAAGGAAAAGAUGCUUUACAUUACAGCUGCCUCUAUAGUCACGUAGCAUCCGUCAAGUUGCUGAUUAAAGAAGGGUUACAAGUCAAUGAUAGAGAUGCUAAGGGUCAAACACCCUUAUUUAGUUGUAUACAGUCAAAUGUUGAUAGAAUAGAAAAGAUGCAAUUCUUGAUUUCAAAAGGAGCAGAUAUCAAUGUAAAGGAUAAUAAAGGGAGAAGUUUUUUACGUGAAAGCUAUCAGUGGGGUGAUAUAGCAUGUGUCAAGUUGCUGAUUAAAGAAGGGUUAGGUGUCAAUGAUAGAGAUGAUAAAGGUUAUAGGCCCUUAUAUUAUUGUAUACAGUCAAAUGUUGAUAGAAUAGAAAAGAUACAAUUCUUACUUUCAGUCGGAGCAGAUACCAAUGUAAAGGGUGAUGAAUGGAGGAGUUUGUUACACGAAAGUUGUGUUUGGGGUGAUAUAGCAUGUGUCAAGUUGCUGAUUAAACAAGGAAUAAAUGUUAAUGGUAGAGAUUUUUACGGUAAAACGCCCUUAUUUGAAUGUAUACAGUCAAAUGUUGAUAGAAUAGAAAAGAUGCGAUUCUUAAUUUCAGUCGGAGCCGAUAUCAAUUUAAAGGAUCAUGACAUGAGGAGUUUGUUACAUGCUAGCUGUCAGUGGGGUGAUGUAGCAUUUGUCAAGUUGCUGAUUAAAGAAGGGUUACAA